GCUAACUCCAUUUUGGAAAACAGCUGUUUGAAGACACAACCUUUUCCCGUUGUUUGCCGACGGUACCCGAAGAGAAACAACACAGGCUCCGACUCUCACUUCUAGACUAUAGGUUUUUUCUUUUUUUUUUUUUUUUUAUACACCAACCUGCAUCAGUUUUCCACUUCAGCUCUGGUGUGCAGCUUGUGUUUUUUUGUCCGUGUUCCAGGAAACUUAACCGAUGACCCAUGGUGUUAAAUUUCCAUUGUAACAAGUGGAUAGCAGGAGGCGACGGGAUCAAGGUGUAAUGAGAGCGCUGGUCAUGGACAGAUGAUGGACGUGGAGGCGUCGUACUCAGACUUCAUCAACUGUGAUCGCACAGGCCGCAGGAACGCAGUGCCCGACAUCUCAGGGGAAGGGACAGUAGGGGCUACCACCAGUGAACUCACCAAAGACCUGGCAGAGAUGGACCUGAAGGCUGCAGGAGACCCAGGGGCUUCACCAGCCCCUGAGGCAGAGGGCUCCACCAGCCAAGACGCCCAGGGAAAUGGAGGCCCAUCUUAAACUCAUCCAGAGAUGGGAGGGGGGAAGAGAUAAGGAGUGAAAAGUAGAGAGGAGGCAAGUAAAAGUGGAGAGACAUGGAGACAGCAAAGAGAAAGUGUUUAUUGUUUGUCCUAACCGGACAAGAGGACACCUUCGCUCACUGCCGGCCUUUGUUUGGAGCCUCAUCGGCGCAAAUGUACGCCUUUUUAUCGGAUUCGAUUGUAACAUGGGGAACAGAGUAGAAAUGACAAUGGAGAUGCUGCUGUUGUGCUCUUUACUCUGUUAGUCAUUCAUAUUCCUGACAAGUCCAGAAAGCUUGACUUUGGAUUAAUGUCUGUGGAGAUGGACUGAGCUGAACAGAUACAUUUCUAACACUCAAAACAUUGUUCCAGCCUAAUAUGGAGCUGUGUCAUGGAGGGCGUAUUCAUAAUUGUUUGUCAUUUUCUGUCUGUGUACGUGUGUGUGUGUGUUUGUGAACCUCUUGUUCGAUUUCAUUGUCCAGUCUUUUUCUUUUUAAGUAACAAACAUAGUCACCAUUAUAAUGUCGUGUACGGACUUCAUAUUUAUUGCUAAAUGUUCAGUGAUAACUUUGUGAUAGCAAUUUUCUUUGUGUAAUAAAAUACUUAUGAACCCACUGUAA